GGUGCCGGUGGUGGAAGUUAUGGAUUCGAGGUGGACUGGUGGGCUUUGGGUGUAUUGGUGUAUGAAAUGCUUUACGGGGACACGCCGUUCUAUUCGGAGACUUUGGUGAACACGUAUGCGAAAAUUAUGAGCCACGCAGCGAGUCUCAGAUUUCCCGAAAAUGUCAGUGUCUCUGAUUCUGCACUGGAUUUCAUGAAACAACUACUUUGCGAUCGUGAAUGGAGGCUUGGUACCGGUCCGGAUGGGUCUAUGGCUGUCCGAAGCCAUGCGUGGUUUGCGCCGGAUUGGGCCGAUUCCGUGCGUGAAAUGUUCGGUGUAUUGGACGGGGCGGAUCUCUCUUUGACCGAUUGGACAUGGUCCAAUAUACGAGCCUGUCGCGCUCCGUUUCAACCCAACCUCACCAGUGAGACGGACACGGCCUACUUCCCAUUGGACACGGACGAUGAAGCGCAACAGCAUCGCAAUUCACACGAUCCGGUUCACACACCGACUGAUCACAAACGUUCCGAUCCAUUGUGUGACUCUCUGGCCGAUCCAUCAGUCAAAUCCAAACAAUCUCCGGAGACUGAGGCGUUCCUGAACAAAUAUCCCGGAUACCAGCUAGCUUUUGCCGGUUUCUCCUUCUCCUCCUCACAUCCCGAUCAUUUGACGUUACUAAAUGGACUCCAUCUGGCUCCGCGUACAAUUUCAUCCCAGCGGCCGACGGCGGACAUAGUGACUUCAGAUGCAGGGUUACCGAACCAUAAACCAGUCACCACCACUAAGCCUAUUUUACCCGACUCGAAUCCAGACGAACCCACAAAUUCAUCUGUGCACAAGACGGACGAAGAGACCGAGCUUCGAGCACAAUUGUCUCAAGUGGAAUCUCAACUGGCAGACAUCUUGGCUCAAGCUGAGUUGCAUGCGAACGCGGUGGCUAAUCUGCAAGAUCAGUUGACCAAAAUUUCUUCAGAAAACCGUUCAUUGGAGACCGAACUAGCCCAGCGGGAUCGGGCUCAUCGAAACGCGAUGGAACAAGCAGAACAACGACUCGAACUAGUGCGAUCGGAAGCGGCUGCCGAUUUGGCUCGAUUGGAAGCUGAGGUUGCGAAGUGGAAAACUCGAGAACGAGAUGAACUUCGCGAGUUGCUGGAAACAAGCGAGAAAGCCUGUCGGCGGUCGCACGAAGAUUACGAGGCCGCUAGGCGUGCGUUAACCGAGGAACAGCAAAGGUCUACGCGUUAUCGUGAAGCCACUCGGAUCGCCGAAGACAAUGCAUUGGCCGCUUCUCACCGCGCAACAGUCGCCCGUCGUGAGGUUGCGAGUUUGCGGGAUCAAUUGGAACAGAUGACUCAGGCCUACGCAAAAGAAAAGUUAAACUUUGCGGCCACUGUUAACAAGUUGACAGAAGCUCAUUCGCAUGCCCAGAUGUUGGAAUCACGUCUUCAAGCGGCCGAGAUGCAAAUCGCUCAACUUACCGGUGAGGCGUCUGGACAGCCGUCACACUCACGACAGAACAGUGAUACUGUCCUCGGUGGCAGUCAACGUCCCGGUUCGGUCCAGUUGCGCAGUUGGCCGGAAUCUUACGGAUCUAAUCGGGCAAAGCCGUUUGUCAUACAUUCUGUCGAUAAUGGAUUGAUCGGACAAAAACCCUUUGGUCCUUCAUCCACCGUACAUAUGGCCUCUUCGAUCUCGGUAUACCUGUUGCCGAGUCCGAUUCGCAUCCUGGCCGAUCCGACAGAUUUCACUAUUCAUGGUGUGUUGGAGUUGGGUGUGAAACAUCGUGGAAAGAAGAAGUUGUGCUGGGAGCCACGCGUAGCCCGACUGACCAUGACACACCUCGUUUUAUCACACUACAUGCCCGAGAUGAAUUCGUCCGCAGUCGCGGGCACAUCCUCCGGCACUGGUCCGUCUCUCGGUACGGGCACAUUGUCCAGACAGUCACGUAUUCAAGCCGUGACAACCAUUUUUGAGUUACCGCUUACUGCCAUAUAUCAUGUGCGUUCGAUCAAUCUAUGCGAUUUGUAUCAUCAACCGGCCGAAGAUGUGCCUCGGAUCUUUCAGUUGAUCUACGAUCGGCCUACUUCCGGUGAUGCCAUGUCAAACGGGAUAUCAUCAGCCGCAACAAACCAGGGACCGAACUCGACGAAAACGCUUCCUGCACCGGGCAUUUCGACCGGCCAGAAUAACACAGUGAGUCCGGACCGAGAAACCAUAUGCUCUCCCCGUUCCAGUCGCCUGAUGGACGAUUCGUCCGACAUCCUGACUGCCGAUACCGUGAUACUUAUGGAUACGAAGGACGAUCGAAUGCACACGGAAAGCCAGCUCAAAGUAAACGAGAACAUGGGUUUAGAAGGGAAUCGUGUAAAUUCCCCCGGUUCCACUGCCACCUACUCGAACAGUUUGGUCGUGGCUCACGCUACCCAGGCUCCACGAUCGACCUCUGUGUCUACCAGUGAAUUGGUGGAUCAAGGAGUCGAUAAGUUGCCGUCGGGGGAAGCGAUGCGAUGA